GCGAUGCCCGUCUCGCUCAUUUGAGCCUGCAACCUGAAUUAGUUCGCGAUUAGCCAUCCGCAGAACCGGAAUCGUCUGAUUAGGAUAUUUCUGAAGAAGCUAAAGGAACAUGAACGAACCAGGUAAUUAAUGGCAUCUUUCAACGACGAUUUGUUCGAUGAUUUUAUGGAGGAAGAGUAUGCGACACUCCGGAAACAGCCUCGAUUGGACAACGCACAUUCAACUCAGCCUCAGCCUCAGCCUCAGCCUCAGCAGUCGAGGUCUCAAAAUAGCGAUGGUUUGGUACUCCCACGACGCGAUCAGUUCGAUCCGAAAGGGGAACUUCCAUUGGAAUUGAACCUCGAUAUUACUCCUCAGCUGCUAAACUUAAUCCAGUUGAAGCUCGACGAAGACGACAAUGCUUCUGCUUUUGCGCCAAAGGCUAAAAUUGCUUCUGCUACUACUUCAACGGCUAACGACAAGCUCAAGGCCUCGACUUUCUCUGCUAAGUUGUUGAGAAUCGGCACGUGGAAGUAUGAGUCAAGAUACCAAUGCGAUUUGGUGGUUAAAUUAUAUUUCGCCAAGCGUAAACUUGUGUGGGAAUUUCUCGAAGAUGGUCUCAAGCGUAAAAUAGAAAUUUUAUGGGAUAAUAUUACUGGUCUAAAAGGUGAUUUUCCUAAGAAUAAGCCCGGCCGUUUCACGAUCAUGCUCGAUAAAGUACCUAACUUCUUCCGAGAAAAUAAUCCACAGCCCCGAAAACACACUGUUUGGGAGCCGAGCUCCGACAUUACCGAUGGGCAAGCUAGCGUCGAUUUGAAACAUUAUAUAGAAUGUUCCCCCGGUGUGUUGAAUAGUCAUUUUGAAAAGCUUAUACGGUGUGACGCUCGUCUUGCUCAAUUGAGCCGGCAUCCUACAUUAGUUUUCGACUCGAAACCUUCGAGCUUAAGAAACAUUACAAAUUUGGUAUCCCCACGGCCUGCUCCAUUCAAAUAUAAUCCUCUUCUCGGUCCUUGUUUGGAUAAUUCUCCUCAGCUAUUAAAUUUAUUUAAUGAAGCCGACAAUAUUUCUGAUGCUGCCACGGCAUCCUCUACUGCUAUUGUUGUUGUUGCCGACGCUUAUAUUGCUUCAAGUUCUAGCAAGAGUUCGAGCUCCCUUUAUUUCAGUCCUAGCCUGUUGAGAAUCGGCAAGUGGAAGAUAAAAAAACCUAUGUUCUUCCGAGAAGACAAUCCCCAGCUUGGAAUUAAAGCUAUUUGGCAGCCGAGGAUCGAGUUUACCAAUGGCAAUGCUAGCGUAUGUCUAGAAUGUGCCUCAUUAAACCUUACUAUAGAGAAAACAACCUGGUGGAGAAAAAAAUUCUAGUGAAGGAA